AUGUACGAAGCUCUUUAUAUGGUCUGCUCGGCCCUGUUCAUUUCAGUCGUGAUUUGGUUGCUGAAUCCUUUUGAAAAACUGCACAACUUGCUCAGGUAUCUCUUAAAAGGCAAUACAGACCAUCCGGAAGGUGUUCGUUCCUUCGACGAGAUUCCCGGACCAUGGGGUUUACCAUAUUUUGGCGAUGAUGCAUUUAGCUUUGUGAAAACAGUCAAAUUCGAUGAGCAAAUGGCCGCUCUUCGAGACGCCUUUGCGAAAUACGGGCCAAUAUUCAAGAAGACAGUUAUGGGAAGAACGGUAGUGUUCUUUGAGGACCCAAGCGAUGUAGAAGCCGUCUUCAAGGGAGAUGGAAGAUUUCCCGUACGAUCUGAUGAUCUUUUCAAACCCCAGAGGGAAUACAUGAACAGCAGGAAACUACCGGAAGGUUUGGCGAGCUUGUAA